GAUGGUCAAUGUUUAGUUUUAUUUGGUAAUUCACUGACAGAGAGUUGUAAACUAAGCUGAGGGAAAGAUAUAAACUAUAAACCGCAAAGGGAAGAGAGGCAAUAAUAACUUGGUAACAGUGCAACACUUAAAUUGAUCGACAGACGAAACUGGAACGAGCAUCAAAUGACGGAUACAGAUUGCAACAAGACUGGGGCAAAUAAGUUGUCUCUGCCUCAGAGUUCCCUCGCAGUACUGCUGAGUCACUCCAAGACCAACACUAGACACAACACUUAUGUGCAGGCGGAUGACGUCACAAAUGUGGAUCAUCAGUUUUCGGAUUACAGGUUGUUCAAAAUGGAACCCUUCCUAGAUAAACUUGACAGAUUCAGUGGAAGACAACUACAUGAUCAUGCUGACAUCUUUCUUCCAAAAAAAGGAUGCCCUUCCGGAACUACUAAGGAAAAAGUACAUAUUGAAGGUGACGAAUCAGUUGAAAUAUCGGAUGUUGAUUCUGUGGAGAAACGGAUGAAUGUCUCUCAGCUGAUCAACCGCUUUGAAUACAUUCAACAUUCCCAAGAGAACAGAAGCAACAGCGACUUCUGGAAGUACCGCGAGAAUAAAGCGGCGGCUGUGAAAGCGUCUGUGAACAGAGCCAGACAUCACAGCUACAGCUCCGGUGCAGUGAUAAGCCAUGCUCCGGGUCAGAAUAAAAGACGGCAGUUCGAGUCCAACAUGAAACCUUCAAAGAGUUAUCAAAACCCAAUGGACGCUUCUCAUAUGUAUAGCAGUGAUACUCCUCGCCAGUUUACUAAGUCGCCAAGUAGGGACACAAAUGAGUCUACUAGAAUAAGAAUGGCAGGCAUGCUGAACAAGCAAUCAAAGUUUACUCGGGACCCAAGAGGAUUUUACUACGCGACUCUAGUAUAACGCCCACACUACCAGCCAAAUAUAAAAUUGCUUUCAAAAAAUGUAAUAAAAUUUUACUUUGAAGAAGCAGCCUAAAAUUUAACAUCGAUUUUUUGUUUUUA